AAUUGCACGAGCGAUGAUAGUCCAUGAAGAGAAAGUGUGCGCAGCAAAAUGGGAGGCGAAAUGCUUUCUACCCUGCGUUGAUGCGACCUUGCCUGCAUGGCAGCAUGCAUGCUGGGCCAGGGUCUAGGCCUUGGCGAGGAACUUUGAGCACUCGACAAUGGGAAUCUCUGGCCACGCGCGCGUGCAUUAUCUGAAGCUUGCUGCUGAUAAUUAGCCUGUACGUAUAUCUGUCGUCGGCGAGCCGAGCCAACACGUGUGCAUGUCCUCCGUACGCAGCGGCGGGUGGCAAUCCUGAAGCAGAAGGUCGUGCGAAAUGCAUCGAACGAACUGUCUCUAGUCAUCAAUCAGUCCAUGAACGGAGCUUGGCCGAACUUGAUAAUAGUUCGUGACACAAGUGCAAUCUCGCAUCUGCCUCGUGCAGUUGAAGUGGUUGAACUGCGCACUGCGCGGCACUCUCUUCCUUCGUCCUCGCGCCAAGGCCGGCGUCCUCCCAGAAGAAGCGCAGUAGCCAGUCGCAAACUCGCAAUGACUCGGAAACCUUGUUGGCGACUGAUCAUUAUCAUCCAUUGUGGAUGCGGCACGCAGUUGCAGACGCGUCGCCCGCGGGGAAACUCCCUGGUGAGAGUGAUGUUUUAUCAGCUGGUGUCGGCACUUUGGCUUGAUGAGACGAGAUGCCUGCUGCACGGCAAUUGUCCAUAUCUCAUUCUCUGGUGGAAUCCGAUUGCUGAAUGGAGAGACUGGAGACUGGAGGCUAGACUCAGACUGAAAGCCCAGAACGUGGGCUGCAUCGUGGGCAUUCAUUCAGCCGCUAACUGGGACAGGGAGUGGCUGCCGACGAGGGCCCUGCAGUGGCCGCUUCAGGGGACCGGGCCGGGGAACUGAAAACGGCCAGGGACAUGGAUUACACAGUCUAGCUGAGCCUUCUCAGGUCGUAAUUAUGAUAGUCUGUGUGCUGAGAAUUGAUAGUGCCUGAGACUAAGCCGCGAACAGCGCCAUUUGACCCCAACCAAAGCAGACGGCGACUGGACGCCCUCAAGUUCUCAACAUUGUCCGUCACAGUGUCGUGCCGACAGAGGCGCUAUGCUUCCCAGGCUCUGCCUGCGCUCCCAGCGACUGGACUGGCACUGUGACUUGCAAGUUGGAGCUUGCGUAUGACUG